AGAUGUGAGAGAGAGCAGCCAGAGCCUUGACAAGCAGACUCCUCAGUUCCUGCAGGGGACCUAGUGCUCAAGCCUACAACCAUGACCUGUAACCUGAGGGUGAAGAUGCUGGGGGGUGAUGAGUUCCUGGUGCCCCUGACUCACUCCAUGACGGUGUCGGAACUGAAGCAGCUGAUUGUUCACAAGAGUGGUGUGCCAGCUUUCCAGCAACGCCUGGCCCAUGAAAGUGGCAAGAUACUACAAGAGAAUGUUACCCUCAUCAGCCAGGGCCUGCGUGCUGGCAGCACAGUCAUGCUGAUGGUACAGAAUUGCAACAACCCUCUGAGCAUCCUGGUGCGGAAUGACAGGGGCCGCAGCAGUAUCUAUGAGGUCCGGCUGACACAGACCGUAGCAGAGCUUAAGAAGCAGGUGUCCCAGGAGGAGCACGUACAGGAAGAUCAAUUCUGGCUGAGCUUUGAGGGAAGGCCCAUGGAGGACCAACAGCCACUGGGGGAGUAUGACCUAAAGCCCCAAUGCACAGUGUUCAUGAAUUUGCGUCUCCGAGGGGGGGGGUAUGCUAUGCCUGAGGCCUCUAUCUGGAGCCAAUAUUGGUAAUAAAAGAUGAUGCAAUGAGAA